UCUCCAUUUUCAAAACGGCCACGCUUUAUUGCGCACACAGGAAUUGUUCGCAAAGGAGUUUAAAUAAAGAAACGGAUCGUUUGAAUUGUUCAAGGCAGUCAGAUAAAAUGAUGGAGCUACCCAACUACAGCAGCCAGCUGAUGCAGCAGCUGUGGGCCCUGAGGAAGGAGGGCCACUUCUGUGACUGCACCGUCCUGGUGGGAGACAGCCCUCACCGAGCACAUAAACUGGUGCUGGCUGCCUCCAGCAUGCUCUUCAGGUCUCUCCUGGACGGCUCCGACACCAUCUCCAUCGACACAGCCAUGGUUUCCUCACAGGAGUUUGGUUGUUUGCUGGACAUGGUCUACACCGGCAAGCUGCCUAUAGGAAAACACAAUGUGGGCCGCAUCGUGGCCGCUGCAGACAGCCUGCAGAUGUUCGAUGUGGCUGUUGGCUUCAAAAACGUCCUUACCAGUCUUGUGAACCAGCAACCCCUUUCUGCACAGACACCAAGCCUAACCGUGAUCAACAAAGCCCAGAGCCUGAACCCUGAAGGUCCAGCUUCACCCAGUGAGCACACCCCAAACUCAGACAAGGUGGAGUCAACGGUUGAGCUGAAGCAGGAAGACUGUCAGAGUGACAGUGUUGAUGCAGAGGAACCAGCAUGUAAAAGAACCUGUGUGGAGCUCUCUGAGCCCUCAGAGCCUGAAGCAGCUAAAUUCUCAGAGAUGAUAGUGGAGGAAAACAACAGAACGGCAGCUACGUUCUCCAGCGGGCCUGCCUCUGGCUUUCUAGAACAUUUCUCUCAGCUUGUGGAGCUUCUCAGCAGCGUGUCAUCUGUCCUGGAGCUGCUGAGCCAGGCAGCACAGAGCAGCCUGGAUGAACAGGAGAGACAGGUUGUGUGUCAGUGCUGUGAGGAGGCAGAUCCCAGCUCAGCGAUGGAGAAGCUGAUGAGCGCAGUGAAAGAGGAGCAGCUCAGUGAGGCGGCGCUCCUCAGACUCCUCCGGGCCGUUCAACAGAAAACUUCUUCCUCGUUCCCCACCCCACUGCUCUCUCUGCUGGACGAGGUGGAGGGGAACACUCAGGAGCCAGAAGGAAACCAAACUGGGGGUAAAGAGGAGCACUUUGUUGACUCAGAAAAGCAGAACAGCACCGGACCUGAAGAAAAGGAGGUGGAAGAGGUGGAAGAGGUAGAGGAGGAAAGCACUAAGGAGGAGACUGAAGAAGACAAGAAAGUUCUAAAUACUUUGACUGACUCUUCCUCCCCUCCCCCAUCCUCUUCCUCCCCCUCCUCCAAACCCUACUCCUGUCGCUGGUGUAAGAAGGGUUUUGCCUACAAAUGUCGACUACUGGCCCACGUGAAGCGCUGCCCCAUGUCCCAGGAGUGUCAGCAGCAGUGCUCACAAUGCCCUGCCAAGCUGCCCAACCAGCGGGUCCUGCAGCGGCAUCGGGCCGAGGCCCACCACAGCACCGCACGGGUGAAGAAGAAGGUGGCGUGCGACCUCUGUGGGCGAACCUUUGCCCACCCAUCAGGGAUGAUUUACCACAAACGCACCGAGCACUUUGAAGAGAAACCGUUUGCCUGUGAGGACUGUGGCGCCAAGUUCGGCGCCAACUCAUCUCUGAAGAAUCACAUGAGGCUGCACACGGGGGAGAAACCUUACCGCUGCAAACACUGUGACAUGAGCUUCAGUGUGGCUGCUGCACUCGCAUACCACACCAAGAAGAAACACUCAGAGGGGAAGAUGUAUGUGUGUCAGUACUGUAAAGCCAUUUUUGCCCAGUCCAUCGAACUGACGCGACACGUGCGAACACACACCGGUGACCGGCCCUAUGUGUGUCGAGAAUGUGGCAAAGGCUACAGCCAGGCCAGCGGACUCACCGUCCACCUGCACACCUUCCACAAUUUGUCGGAGCCUCAUGACUGUCAGAAGUGUUGCCUCAGCUUCUCCUCUUUGGAGGAGCAUCGCCAGCACAUCCAGGAGUUUCACCCAAAAGAGUUCCACAAGUGUCCCACCUGCAACAAGGUGUUCACCAGCGCCGCCCUGCUGGACAAACACAAGGGCACGCACACCGGAACCAAGCCCUUCAGCUGUGACCUCUGCAACAAGUCUUAUCAGCAACUGUCAGGUCUGUGGUACCACAACAGAACCAACCACCCCGAUGUGUUUGCUAACCACACCCGGCAGCUUAAGACUCUGGUCCAGUGUGAUGUCUGCUUCAAGUUCUUUCCCAGUGCUGCCAGUGUGGCCAAACACCAGGCUGCUGAGCACCAAGGUUCGGCGGCGUCAGCAGUGCACUGUCCCUACUGUCCGGCUGUGCUGGGCGGGGAGGAGGAGAUGCAGGAGCACAUCAACAGCCAGCACGUCAGCCAGAGCAGCGAGGCGUCCAGCUGCAUCCUCUGCUCCCUGGUCUGCACCUCCCAGCUGGAGAUGCAGGAGCACCUGCUCUCCUGCCACAUGGAGACACGGGUGGAACCGGAGGCCGGAGAGGAGCAGGCCUCCACCUCGCACACAGUAAUAUCAGCAGACCCAGCGGGCGAUGAAGGGCCAGAGUCUGUCAUCUGCGGGGAGCAGGCACAGCUGGCAGCUGCCCAGCAGGUGUUUGUGGCUCUGGCAGGUGGAAGAGAGGUAGAAUCAUCGGCGGAGGUGGUGGAGGUCAACAUGUAUGACCUGCUGAACAAUUCAGUCACCUUCAUCUGCGAGGACAAACAGCCGUGUCCAGACUCCGAAGCAUGAACUUUGAGGACAAUGACUCCGGACACUAAGCAGUUUUAUGGUCUGAUCCUGAACAGACCUAUGACACCAGGACUCUUUAUGACUUAUGACAAGUUCAAUAAAUGUCAUGAUUGUUCCUUUAAUUCACCCACAGAAACCCAGGCUGGUUUCUAAGGUCCUGGUCCUGAACGAGCCCAGAAAGUCAAACACAAAAACAGAAAAACAUGAGCUCCACCUUCAAGCUGCUCAUUACCUAGACAACAGUCAGAAUGUGAGUCUGACCGUGAGUAGAGUGAGAAUGUUGACUCUGCAUUGAAACACUGCAUUUCAUUCUGUCUGAGUGAUUGUUAAUUCUUAUUCUCAGUGUUGUGCAGUCUGAAGUUUCACAUUGUUCACAUCUGUUAGUGCAGUUGGGAGUUUCAGGGUUUGUCUCAUUAGGAAUAAAAACAGACAAUAAAAAUUCAAACGUUUUUUUAUUGGAGGUUCACAGGCAGCUGACAAUUGAUAUUCAUAAACACUCUGAACAGGCUCAUACAGCAAAGUCCUGAGAAGUAAAUCGAACAAAGAGCAUGCUCAGUGGGAUGUAGUAGAAUAUGAAUUCCAUUUAAUGAGAGGGAAAUAAAGUCAUAUUAAAUCUGGAAUUCUGAAUUCAACUGUUUGUCUUAAAAGUCCAAUUGGUCAGAUUUAGAGGACUGUUUACAGAAAUGGAAAAUAAUGUUAAAAAGUUUCCAUUCGUGUAUAAUCGCCUGAACACUUUGAUAUCUACAGACGCAGCAGCUGUACAGUAGAUGUAAAGCUUUAUGGAUAUGUUUGAACGCUCUGGUUAUGCGCUCAUUAAAUAUGCACAGCAGUGUUUUCCCUCAGGCCCACAGACUUUACAUUAUGAUGACGAUUACAGACAUAAAAUCUCCAGAAACAGAAAGAGUGUUGGUAGUAGAGCUAUGCGAUAAUACCAACAUGCACAUAGCACAUUUCCUGUCAUUCCUCAUGUUUUAUGAUGCAUAUUAUUUUUUGUUGGAUGGAACUUAUGAUCAUGUCUUUGGUGUUUCACUGUACUGAUUUGUAUUUACGUUUUAUUAAGUUUUUUUUAAGCUGUGUGUAGCACUGUUACACAAGUCAGAUUUCCCCUCAGGGCCAAUAAAGUUGAUCUUAUUUCAUCUUAAA